GCCAGAACUUGGACCAUGAAGAACAUCUAUAUUAAUACUCCAGAGUUGACAGUUCUACUUAUUUUCAGUGUCGUUGCUGCAGUGUCUGGGCGUGAUGUUGAUAUCGUGAGAUCUAUGGAGGUUGCGGCAACUGCUAGAAAUGAUGUUGUAACAGCUAGAACAACUGACGCUGCUGUUAGAAGUGGGACAGUCGGGAAUAACACUGCUGAAGCUAGUAAUGGUACAGUAGUAAAGUUGAAAACUGAUUCUCCCAAGCAACAAGCAGUUCUCAGAGUAACAUUUGAAGAUCUUAAAAACAUGAAAGAGUUGGUUAAAACAGUUGUAAAGGAAGAUAAUUUGGCCUCGGCUGUAAGGUUAUCCUUCCAUGACUGUGUUGGAGGAUGCAAUGGCUGUCUCAACAUAGAGGACAGGGAUAAUGCAGGACUAGGAGAUCUAAUAAUCGAACUGGAAACCUUGUAUAAAGGAAAACAAAUCUCACGUUUUAUGUCCAGAGCUGAUUUCUGGGCUUAUGCUGGAAUCUAUGCCGUGAAUGCUACCGUUGAAAUCGCUAACUCUAAAUGCAAUUCAACUAAAUGUUUAGUUCCGAAUCCAGGAUUAGUAUUUAAGACUGGUAGAGGAGAUUGUGCUACAUCUCCCUAUACAAACACUAGAGAUGGAUUUCCCGGACCUCAUCUUAACUUUUCAGGAGUUGCUGGAUACUUUCAUGAUAAAUUUGGGUUUACGGAACAAGAAACUGUAGCGCUCAUGGGAGUUCAUACAAUUGGACAGGCGCACUACCAUCAUUCAGGAUUCAAGGGUUCCUGGGUGGAAAAUGAAAAUACAGCUUUUAACAACAAAUACUACCAGAUUCUAGCUAAUCAGUCAAACAACUGGGUUCAAAAUAAUGUUGGAAAUACCACUACACCCCAAUGGCAGUGGAAUGCUGCGAAUAAUGUUGGUUUUAUGUUAAACUCAGACAUGGCAAUAUACAAGGAGGUUGCGUUGAGUUCUGAUGGAGUUAGUUCCUGUUCCUAUACCACCUGCCCUAAAUCAGCUGGAGCUUUCUACGUAGAACUCUACGCGGCAAGUAACGCAGAAUGGAUUCCAGAUUUUGCUGCUGUAUACACAAAACUAAUCUCCCAUGGUGCAGUGAAUUUACAAGAUAUCGACUAAAUGUUGACGAAAUUACGGCUCUACGCGACGGUCGGAUCGUGCAUUGUAUACAGUAAAUGUGUGAUUAAUUUUGACAAGUAAAAGAAAGUAAAGCUCCAAAACAACGUUGCUGAAUUACCAUCUGUAAUUUUUUACCGAGUAUUAAAAAAUAGAAUUAUAUUCCCUAGCAUUUUUUGAAAAAGUUUCUAAUUAUAAGUUUGGCCUUCAAUCAUUUUUUCUAUAUCGCUACAUUGGCCAUAUACAUCAUUGCAUUUCUGAUCGGGUACAUAGUUGGUUACAUUACGCUGUACAGUACUGCACUACUGAUUACCAAGAGUAUUACAUUUCUGUAUUGGAACCGCGAGGUACAUUCUUCUCUUGGAACUUGUUUACAAUCUUGAAGAGGAAUUUCAGUACAUUGUAUCCUUGGAACAUCGUUACAAACCUGCCUUAAUCUCGUUUUCAAGACAUAUAAAACUAGAUAACAAUUGUCAUUUUUCUUGGGACACUCGGUAUAUGUAUUACAUAUAUACAUAGUUUUUAUUUCUUGUGUUUGAAUUGUAUACAUUUACACUUGGCACUUUGUAAACUAUUUUAUUAAUUUUCAUUAAUUUUCAUAAUUAAUAAAUUGUUGCAUGUAAAA